AUGGCGGCACCGGUGCUGAGAGUUUCCAGAAGAUGUCUUUGCUCUCAGGCCACUAGAACGCGUGUAACAAGACCAAGAUCGCAUAUUGACAGAAUAAUUCGCGUAGACCAUGCAGGAGAACUGGGAGCUGAUCGAAUAUAUGCUGGGCAGAUGGCAGUUCUCGGAAAAACUAGCGUAGGACCAACCAUCCAGGUAGAUCUCAGACCUCUUGGGCUUAAUUUUUUUGAUUUUCUGUCGAUGUUCUCAAAAGCUUACGGGGCAGGUAUGAUCGGAAACUUUCACACCUUUGUUUACUUAUUUUUAAUACAAAAGUUUUGAAACAGGUUCUUCAAAAUAAGUGUUAUUUCAAAGCCGGGUAAAAUUUCCGCACAGCCCCAUACUACAUUGUGCAUUCAGUUCUUGGAUAGAAAAAACAAUGACAAAAACAACACAUUGCCAUUGGGAAAACAGAUUUGUUUUACAAUAGUAUGGGGCUGUGCGGAAAUUUUACCUUAAGCCGUAUGGGAUUUGUAUGUCUAGACGGCUUUCGAUCAUCUCUCCUACGGAAAAUCCCUCCCCACUUAUCAAAGGGCUACUGUACAGACCAUCCGUCCAACUACCACGUUUUGACAUUUCUGUGUGGUCCUUAUUUAGGCCAGGUUGUCUUUUAAGCCUAUGAUGAUAUUCCAUGAGACAUCCUCGAUACAGAAAUUGAGUUUUUUUGACACAACGUAGGAAAAUUUCCAAAAUUUCCAAAAUCAUAAAUAUCUCAUUGGAAUCUGGUCAGAUGCCUUCGCAACUCAAGGUUGCAAUGUUACGCCCGCUCCUUAAGAAAUCUUCUUUGGAUCAUACUCAAUUCUGCAAUUAUCGUCCGGUAUCGAAUCUUUCAUUUAUUAGCAAAGCAAUUGAAAAAUUGGUAGCUAAUCAACUUAUCUCCUACAUUAACGAUUAUGAGUUAAAUGAGACAUUCCAGUCGGCGUACAAGAAAUAUCACAGUGCUGAAACUGCACUUAUUCGUGUUCACAAUGAUAUUCUUUCUGCCAUUGAUAAUCGUCGAAUCGUAAUUUUGCUGUUGUUAGACCUUUCCGCUGCCUUGAUACAGUCGAUCAUACCAUCCUCCUCUCUCGUUUUACGUAUACGGUUUGGGAUAGCUGGGAAGCCUCUAUUAUGGUUGCAAUCUUAUUUAUCGAAUCGCACGCAAUAUGUCUCUGUUGAUGGUGGUACUUGACGAAACAUGACCUUAAAUGUGGAGUGCCACAAGGAUCGGUUUUGGGACCCAUUUUGUAUUUGCUUUAUACUUCACCGCUUUCAGAUAUCGUAAAGAAAUUUAACCUGAGCUAUCAUUUUUAUGCUGACGACUCACAGCUUUACUUGUCUUUCCAACCAACCGUACUGGGUGAUAGGGAUCUAGCGGUUUCUAGCAUCGAGAGCUGUGUGGAUGAAAUCAGUCAUUGGAUGAUGGUUAAUCGUCUUAAAUUAAAUAAAGACAAAACUGAAUUAUUGGUAAUUUCCGCUAAACAUCUUCCAAGACCACUCCUUCACGAAAUUUCAGUUGCUGGUGAGACUAUUCCUUCCGUGCAAAAGGCGAGGAAUAUCGGCACUAUGUUCGACAGCCAUUUUUGCUUUAAGGAUCAUAUUACUGACAUUUGUAAAUCUUCAUUUUAUCAUUUGCGAAAUAUUAGCUAUAUCAGGAAAUAUCUUUCAGCGACCACUACUGAAUUGCUGGUUCAUAUGUUUGUAUCUUGAAGCUGGAUUACUGUAAUUCCCUUUUGUAUGGCCUACCAGCCUACGCUAUAAAAAGGCUACAACACGUUCAAAAUGCCGCUGGCGCGCUUCGUCACACUUACAAAAAAACAUGAUCACAUCACGCCUGUUCUUUUCAAUCUUCAUUGGCUUCCCGUUAACCAACGUAUUAUUUUUAAGAUUUUACUUAUAACCUACAAGGCACUUAACAACCUGGCACCGUCAUUACAUUUGUGAUCUGCUUACAUCUUACACCCCAUCGCGUCAACUACGCUCAUCAUUCAAGCACCUUCUGGUUUCUCCAUCCUAUAACUUGAAAACAUAUGGCGCAAGAUCCUUUUCUGUAGCAGCACCAUCAUUAUGGAAUGCUUUGCCAAGUGAAAUUAGAAAUGCUCAGUCUGUGUCUGUUUUUAAACGUAGAUUAAAAACUUUACUCUUUAGAAAAGCCUUUUAUAAUUAAUAUUAGCUGUCUUAAGUGUUAAUGUUUAAGUUUUUUUUCUUGUAGGCGCCUUUGAACAGUAGGAUACUGGCGCGGUAUAAAUCUUUUAUUAUUAUUAUUAUUAAAAUAUUGGCCUAUCUAUAGAGUGGAAUGUACAUGCCAACGAGGGCAUGGAUUCCUCUGUUAAUGGAUCAUACUGGGUAAAAUCCCCUUCAAAAUAUAUAGAAUGCAGUAGAUUAUUUAAUUAUAAUACAAUCGUUUUGUGUGCAUAAACAAGUGGCAGCAUUUGUUUUUAUCUAAUGUUAUUUUGUUUGUAGUAAGGUAAUAAUAGUUGCUGAUUGCAUCAUAUUGACUGAUACACAAUUAGUCUUAGUGCACAUACUGACCAGCAUUUUAGCAGUAAAAGGGUUGCAAUUAACAAUGGUAGUACUACUAUCUUCCAAAACAAAUGUUUACUUUAUGAAUUUAUACUUAGCCACAAAAUCAUGUUGAAAAAUAAUUACUUUAAUUACUCUUUUAAAAAUUGGUAGCAUAUGUGGGAUCAGGAAAAGGAACACCUUAAAAAGUUUGAGCAGAUUGUGGCUGAGAGAAGAGUCAGGCCCACAGCUCUGAUACCUCUGUGGAAUAUAGCAGGAUAUGUUUUAGGUAUAGUUGAUGUAAGUGUUAGAAAUAUUUAAAUGUCCAGAAACCUACAAAUUAGUCACAAACCUUUCAUGAUUAUUUAAAUAUAUAAAGAGUAAUAAUAUCAAGUAUGCGUUUUCUCUCUUUUUAAGUACAAUUAUCAGCUUCAUUCUCUUUGUUCUCUUAAUUUGAGCCCUGUUUCUCUCCAAAAGGAAGGAACUAUUUAUAUGCGAAAGUUGGGUUUAUUUUUUUGCCAAAAUGUAAGUGGUUAUUCAGGCUGAAUAUUCAGGCCUAAUGUUAAACUAAAUCUGUGUGUUUCAUGCUGGCUCAGAUAAUUUUCCUACAAAGGGAAAAAGAAGUGGUCUCUUCUAACUAAUAUUGGCAGGGAGGUGGAGAGGUUUUCAAAACAAAUUGCUGCUCAAGGCAGAAAAAAUCGUGCUUCAUUUGAACCAGACUCAAUUGCCUGUGAGACUUGUACCUUAACUGUUUUGUGAGGUGCAAAACUGAUUUGUAAACUUAAGUAUGGGUAGCUAGCACCUUCAGAUUCUUAUUUUCGUUGGCUCAUCCUUGGUUAAUUUUAUACUUUGUAUGUAGGAGCAGGAACUGCUCUACUUGGGAAGGAAGCUGCCAUGGCUUGUACUGUAGCUGUGGAAGAAGUGAUCAGUGAACAUUACGACAAGUGAGCUGCAUUAUGUUCUGUCAGUAAUGGCAGCUAAUUACUCUUUUCUUAAAAUAUUUUGGGUUUUAGUUUUGGUUGCUAGAUCUGUUUAACUCCCAAUAUUUAGUCAUAGAUAGUUAUUUCUUGUAGCUGCCACAGAUUUUGUUUUUGGCUGAGUUGUUUAUGGGUGCAUAGAGAAUUUGGUGUCGUAAACCAAAAUUCAUUCUUGUGUAGUUUGCGCACUCUAGGGACUCUUAUGUGGAUGGGAUGUAAUUACUGUCCUGAAAUGUGUUUUUGUUGGAGUGGAAUUCAACCUUAAAAAAAGCUUUGUAUUUCAAUAUCUUGAAGAAAUACACUGAAUUUCAUUUAAGAAAAAUUUAAUGGCUGACCUCUAAAGUUUUAUUUAAUUAGUGCCUUGAAAUUCACAACACAUACUCUAAUGUGCAUAUUACAGAAUUCAACAAUAAAAUAACUAUAACUUGAUAAAAUGAAAAGUUGAAUAGGCACAUGUAAUUUUAUCUCUGAAAAAUAGUUUGCUUCAAUUUCAGUCAACUGAGAGAGCUGCUAGUAGAAGGGGUGACAGAUGAAAAUAAAGAUUUAUUAGAUGUAAGUUGUAAUUCCUUCUUUUCUGAGCUUCUAUCUAUUACCAAGUAGCAAUUUUUUUCCCCCACUUAAAAAAGCAUAAUUUUUUAGUUCAAUUCUUUUGAGUUAAAUAAUUUUCUGAACAGUAGUGAGAUGUUAAGAAAGCAGUGCCACAAAACAAUUUUUCGCAAUAUCAUUGACACUAAUGAUCUAGAAAAAGAAAGUGGUUGCUGCCAAAAUAAACAUGGUAUAUAUUACUGGUUUGUUUCUAACCUGGAGAAUCUCAUUAAUUUAUUUUGAAAACUAAAUUGAAUUAAGUUAUUUCAUGACAUAAACCUUUGUGAAUUUUAGACAAUACAAAAGUUUCGUGAUGAAGAGUUAGAACAUCUCCACAUCGGGGAGGAACAUGAUGCUGAAAAGGUAAGCUGCUGAUAUAUGGUGUACCAGAGUUUGCAGGAUUUAUUUGUUUGUUUCUUUGUUGGUAUCCAUAUUGUUUUAAAAAUCAAUGUGGGAAAUUAGUGUCAAAGCCACAGUACUGUGAUAAAAAAGGCAGCAGGAUUUGGUGUUACUUGGCCUUACUUAGAAUUUUAAAAUUGUUACCAUACGUAGAGUUAAGGAGAGUAAAACUUAAGGUAGUGAUUGAAAACCAAUCUUUUAUGUCAUAGGUUAAUUAUGCUUUUCUGUUUUAUGCUUGUUAAAUUUUCUUCAGGCACCAAUGUACCAAGCAUUAUCCACAGCCAUACAGACAGGUUGUAAAGCAGCUAUAUGGUUAUCAGAGAGGAUAUAACAUCACAAAGAACUACUUAUCACAGUUCAUACUUCUCUUCAGUUUUUUUAUCUCUGAGAAAUGGUUAAGCUUCUCUCUUUGUAAGUUAUUCACUUGGAUGCUGGCCAUCAUGCUUUCCUUAUAGACACCUCUUCUUUGAAAAGACGAGUGACCAUGAAGGCUGGUAUCAAGGGAUGUGAAAUUUUCUACAGAAGCUCUCACUAGCAUGCAGCUUCAAGUAAAUUGAAAGUGAUGUGUACAUAAGUCCAAGAGAAUUGCAUUCAAAGGAAAUACUAGGAAAAGUCAAGAUUUGCUUUAAAUAUAGUAUGCAGGUUGCUAAAUGGAAAUGUGUGUAAAGAAAAAAAACACUAUAAGGUUAAGCAUCAUAUUUGAUCAUACUUGUAAUCCAGUAGUCAUUUUCCAUCUGUGCUGACAUUCUUCUGAGGGUUUCCAGACUGAGUUAUUUAACCCUUUUACUCCCAGAUCCAAUUUGUUAUUUUCCUUACUGUCAACCAUACAAUUCUUAUAAUGUUAGUUCAAAGAAUUUAGUAUUAGAUCAACUAAUUAUCCCCAAAUUGAUAUUUUUCUUUAUUCUCAUCACUUAUCUGGUUGAUAUUGUAUUGAUAUUAUAGGGAGAAAUUCUGUCUUGGUCACUCAUGGGAGUUAAAUGGUUAAUGUUUGUUGACUGGUGACUUCACUGUUGUACUUGUUGUACUUGUCCCUUACAAGACUGAUGAUGUUGUCAAUAAAGAAAAUUAGCAAGACUGAGAGUCAAUUUAAUCUUUCACUCUUCUUUGUUAUUUGUGCAAAGAAAGAUAAUUUAGCAAAGAAUAUUUUUUUGGGGGUUGAAAAUGAACAUCUAAGUAUUCUCUGUGUCUUGCUGAGUCACAGUGUGUUUAAUCACAUGCUAGUCAGAGUUGAAGCCUUGAAGUAGUUACACUAUGCUAAGAUGUAAAGAAUCUUUAUUUAAUAGUUAAUAAAAUUUCUCCUGAUUGUGGAAAAAUGUUCAAAAAUGGGUUUUUCUCAUUCCAGAAGGAAAUAGUCACAAUUCCUUUCUGAAAUAAUUGCUUCACCUCUCUUACCCUAUGAUCUGUAUAUAUGUUCUCCUAACUGUUCUCUAGGACUAUACACUUCCUAUGGUACUGACAAGGACAAUUUGUUUAAAAAUCAUGAGCAUCUUACUUAAGCUGAUGAUCAUUUCCUUUAUUCUCAUGACCUCAAGGUGUGAUUCAGCAGUAGCAGUGAAAGGAGAAGUUAGAUCUUAGUCAAUAUUACAUGUAAAAGGGUUUAAAGGUAAAAGGUUGUUUCAGUGUAACUGUUCCUGCUAGAAAUUUAUUACUGCAGUGGAUAGAGAAAGUCAUAAAUUCAAAACCCAUGCAAAAUCUUUCCCUAAACUUGAGCACUUAAAGCUUCAGUGUUGAUAUCACUUAUAACCAUCAGAC